AUGGCAGAAACAACCUCAAAGAAACCAUGGCUUCUGUCCGUUCGGUCAUCCGAGCGUUUCAUCAUCAUUGUUGUCACCAUGGCCAUGACUACUGAUGUUCUUUUGUACAGCUUGAUCAUACCGAUCAUACCUAAGUCUUUGGUCGCACACGCAGGCGUUCCGGAAAAAGAUGCUCAAUAUUGGAUCUCUGUUUUACUUGCGGUUUACGCCUGUGCCCUUUUGGUUGGAUCUCCCGUGAUUGGGUAUGCAGCGGAUCACGUUCGGAGUCGUCAGCUUCCAUUUGUUCUCGGGCUUGCAGCUCUAGCUGUAUCGACUGGCCUGUUUGCUCUCGCGAACUCUCCUGGAACUCUCGUUAUCGCUCGAGCGUGUCAAGGCCUGUCGGCCGCCACUGUAUGGGUUGUCGGCCUGGCCAUGCUUGUGGAUAAUGUCGCUCCGGAACGUAUGGGUGAAGCAAUGGGUAAUACCAGUACUGGCAUGACACUGGGUUCCCUCCUCGGGCCGAUGCUUGGUGGUGUAACAUAUGAUGAAUUUGGAUACUAUGGCGUUUUCAUUCUCCCUUCCGUGAUGAUUAUCUUGGAAAUCGUAUUGAGGCUGACUAUGAUUGAGAAAUCUACGGCCAAAGAAUGGGACGAUGGUUCUACCGCGCCAAAGAAUACUUCUUACGAGACCUUUGCCGACGGUUUCCCUCGUGCAGAUCCCCAGAACGAACAGUCACCUCUCUUGGGCCGGUCAUCCACUAGUAGCAGCUCUGAAGGCAUCAGGAAUGGCAGCAAAAAAGCCCCUAUUCUACAACUUCUGAGCUCUGCUCGUCUCCUCACUUCAUUGCUUGUCACUGCCACGGUCGGAUUUACACUGGGAGUGGUAGAGACGACAAUUCCAUUGUUUGUCAUGGAAAAUUUUCAGUGGUCUUCCAAGGGUGCUGGUUUGAUUUUCCUUGCUCUUUCAAUCCCCAGUCUAACUGGAGGCUGGGUGGGAAGGGCCCUGGAUCGCAUAGGCACCCGUGGCGCUGGAUUUGGCUCCUUGGUUGUAACUGGAACUGCGCUUUUUUCCCUUCGCUUCGUCCAGCAUGACAGUGAUCCCGAUAAAGCUCUCCUCGUUGGAUUACUCGUCGUUAUUGGCUUCACUGUCCUGAUGAUCCAGAUCAUCUCAAUGACGGAAGUAUUCCAGGCCAUUCAAGCAUGUGAAGAGAAAAGUCCGGGUAUUUUUGGUGACAAGAGUCCAAUGGCGCAGGCCUAUGCUCUCUUCAACAUGGCUACAGCCACUGGUCAGCUCACUGGUCCUCUCGUUGGGGGCCUCGUUCGUAUCCACGCGGGCUGGGCCGGCAUGACUCUGACCAGUGCUAUUCUAUGCUUCUUGGUCGCAGUUCCUGUUGCACGCUACACUGGGUCUCCAAGGCCAAAAAAAGGGGAUGAGCAGUCAACUACGGGCCACAUUGAAGCUUGA